CUUAGGAAGGACAAUGAGUUUAGACAGCAAUAUUCGUCUAUUGUUCUGCUAACUGUUAAGCACUUCUGUGUCUCUGGAAUCAUACCCCAGUCACCCGGUUCCUGUGAAUAUGAAAUGACUGAAUCAAACUGAGGAGGUCAAAACACUUUUCAUAUUUAAAACCUUGUAAUCUUUUGUUAGCUUAGAAGAGCAAAACUUCUCAAGUUCUUGAGAGAUGGCUUUAGAGACAUGUGGAAGCUGUUUGAGUUGUCUGCUGAUACCUCUUGCACUUUGGAGUAUUGUUGUUAACAUCCUAUUAUACUUCCCUAAUGGGAAAGCUUCACAUGCUGCCAGUUACCAGCUUCCCAACUACGUGUGGUAUUUUGAAGGGAUCUGUUUCUCAGGUGUGAUGAUCCUUCUGUUGGCAGUAAUUCUAAUAACACUGGAGUGUAGCGUGUUCUAUCGGUGCUGCCAGAGUGAGAGCUGUAACAAAACCUACAGGAGCUUUAUUUCAAUUGUGCUAGCCCUGCUUGGAGCUGCUUUCUCUGGAUACAGCUGCAUCAUUUUUAUCUGGGGAUUGAUCCAAGGCCCCUUCUGCAAUUCAUCAGGUGGAUGGGAUUAUAUCUUCAAAGACACUGCUGGAGGGUACCUCACAGAUCGCCUCGCUUGGUCUCGGUGCACUGAACCUGCUAACAUAGUGGAGUGGAACAUCAUUUUGCUCUCUAUUCUGAUAGCUCUUAGUGGACUGCAGUUCAUCGUCUGUUUUCUUAAAGUGGCUGCUGAGUUGAAACGGACGCUCUGUGGGACCUAUUCUGUUUUUGUCCAGGUAACAAAAUAUCUGAGGCCGGGGUUCUCUGAAAAUGGCAAGGACAUCUUCACUGCUUCUCCCUCACCCCCAGAAAAAGAGAGAAAUGGCUUCUCCAACAUUUACGAUGGUAGAUUUGGGUGCUGCAAAGACAAGUGA